AUGGCGGGUCAUAAGGCAGGUGAUCCCUUGGAAUGCUACAGUAUUCCGUUAGUUUUGAACAAAGAUCCUGAUUUGGAUGAUGAAGGGAAUCCAGUCCUUGGACAAGAUGGCAAUCCUAGACACCGCUGUGGAUUUAAAAUUGGUGGAGGUAUUGACCAGGAUAACACAAAAUGUCCUUAUGGAUAUUCUGACAAGGGUAUAUAUGUCACUUACAUUCAUGAGGGUGGGCCCGCUGCCAGGUGCGGACUUCAGGUUCAUGACAAAAUUUUACAG